UAAUGGUAGUGUAGAAAACGAGUGGAGUAAGCAAGCAAUACGUUUGAAAGUUGAAGUAAUGGCUGUACCUCGUCCUCUUCAGUUACACUUUUACCUUUCAAGAGCGUUCAAUGUCAUCGCAAAACCUUCACAACUGAUUGUGCCUGUAAUCGGAAUUGCAAUUAGUAAUAGUUUUUCCUCUCAGGCAAUGCAUCAAACAGUUUCUUUACACUCUCACUCUCAGAGCCAGGACUAUGCGCCUUUCAACUUCAAUUCCGAUGACCCAACCCUACCACAGUUCCUUGAAUUGCUCAAAAGGAUGGCCCAUUCCUCACCGCAAGCAGAGGAUCUCCACUUGUCAGGUUUCCAAGCAAAUAGGGAUUUUAUAUGUUCCGCUAUUUGGGCGUUGAGGGACCAAUGGAAACCUGCGUUGCUUGCCUUUCAAUGGAAUUGUCAUCAUAAUGAUGUGAAAGUUUGCAACUUGAUGAUAUGGGUCUUGGCAACUCAUGGAAAAUUUUCGACUGCUUGGUGCAUCAUUCGAGAUAUGCAUCGCUCCUCUCUCUCCACGCGUCAGGCUAUGCUUAUUAUGAUUGAUAGAUAUGCAUCUGCAAACAACUGUGCCAAGGCUAUUCAAACAUUCAACUUUUUGGACAAGUUCAGAUUGACUCCUGAUCAGGAAGCAUUCCAUGCACUUUUGACUGCUCUUUGUAAAUAUGGAAAUGUGGAAGAGGCUGAAGAGUUUAUGCUAGUAAAUAAGAAGCUCUUCCCACUUGAGACCGAGAGCUUUAACAUCAUUCUUAAUGGAUGGUGUAACAUAACGAAGGAUGUAUAUGAAGCCAAAAGAGUUUGGAGAGAAAUGUCGGAAUACUGUAUGACCCCAGAUGCUACUUCUUAUAGCUACAUGAUUUCCUGCUUUUCUAAGGAAGGGAAUCUUUUUGACUCUCUUAGACUCUAUGAUCAGAUGAAGAAAAGGGGAUGGAUCCCUGGGAUAGACAUUUACAAUUCAUUGGUAUAUGUUUUAACUCGUGAAAAUUGCUUGAAGGAAGCUGUCAGGACUAUAGAUAAGUUGAAAGAACAAGGUUUGCAGCCAGUUUCUGCCACCUUCAACUCCAUGAUACUCCCUCUUUGUGAAGCUGGAAAACUAGCAGAGGCAAGGAUAUUGUUAAACACAAUGGUAGAGGAGAAUGUUAGUCCAACUGCUGAGACCUAUCAUGCAUUUUUUGAGGGAUCAGAUUAUCAAGGAACUCUGGAAUUUCUGAGUAGGAUGAAAGAUUCUGGUUUGGGUCCAAAUAAGGAUUCCUUUCUCAUAAUUCUGGGAAAAUUCUUGAAGUUGAAGCAACCCGUAAAUGCAUUGAAAAUUUGGACAGAAAUGAAGACAUAUGACGUGGUGCCCAGUUGUGUGCAUUACAGAAUAAUGGUUGAAGGGCUUGUAACGUGUAGGUGGUUCAUAAAGGCCAGAGAUUUUUAUGAGGAGAUGAUUUCAAAUGGAUGCUCAGCAGAUCCAAAGCUUAUUAAGCUCAUUCAGAAAGAAGUACUUGAUGGUGGUGAUAAAGGAAAACAGAAUGUUAAAAAGGCUAAAAGUGUGAAAUAUUCUGAAAAAUGAUAAGAUGAAGUAGAACAAUUAUCAAGACCAGUUAAGAAAGAAGACAUCCUCUAACAUGGAGCAGAGAAACAGAAGCUUCCAAGAUUUGCCAUUCUACAUUUUACCAUUGUAAAUACCAUGUAGCAUUUAGUGCUAAUAUUGUUAAAUAUGGUGGGAUAUCUUGAGAAGUUCGCUUUGUCGUAGUCCUGACAGAUGAUGCAGCCUGGCUAUGGCCCAUUGGCAACCUACCUAAGUUUUGAAUUUCAUUACAGGAGCAGAUGUACUGAAGACAUGGAAAAGUAUCUAGUCAACCCAUAAUCAUCUGAUCAUUAAGUAAAUGCUUGAUGAUUUUGGUUGCUGCUGCAUUCUCCUGAACUCGUACUCCCUAGUUUUGAUUGUCACGGUCAUAAUUCAACAUCAAAGCUCAUACGUUGAUCGUGUCUUCCUGGGAGUUCUCCAUUGAUUUGAAUAUUCGUCUAGUCGCAGUCCGUUUCAACCUCUUAUCUAUAUAAAAAACAGCACGUUAUGCCAAUGCCAAAAAAACAUGACUAGCCCUCUUCCCUUCCUUGCGAGAUGGAUUCAAUAUUAACUUUAUCUAUUGUCAAAAUUCUAUGUGAAUUUAAACUCAUUUUUUUAUCAUAAAGAAUGAACGAUGAUUGAACA